AUGAACCAUUCCUGGAGCAAGCAUUUCAUGGUCAUACACUCAUCAACCCCACUUACAACAGUACCACCCACUAAUAACCUCUGGUCCUCGGUGAUGAUGACCAAGCACAUGAGGAAUAAUGUGCAAGGACUUCUGCUACUUUCAUUUCUUCUUGUGGUGUGUUUGACUUGUCUUGGAUGCACAUAUGGUGAAACCAUAAAGACUAGCAACAUGAUGGCCAAAGUAAGUCAUGUAACCAGACCCCCUUGUUAUAAAGACGAGAAAGUCCUUGGACAAUUCUGCUGUAAGAUAGAUAAGUUGUGUUGGCCAAAUCUCGGAGAAUGCUUCGUCAACUGUCCCUGCAAGAUUAAUUGCAAACGAGCAGCAGCAACAACACAGCAAUUCUAUUAA